CCAGGCACUGGAUGACCAUAACUAAACAAUGUCUGUCCCACGUGGAGCUGUGCAUGCAAAAUGGAUAGUAGGGAAGGUAAUAGGCACCAAAAUGCAGAAAACUGCCAAAGUGAGAGUGACAAGGCUGGUGCUGGAUCCUUACUUACUAAAGUUCUUUAACAAAAGAAAAACCUAUUUUGCCCAUGACCCACUGCAGCAGUGUGUGGUUGGAGACAUUGUUCUUCUGAAAGCUCUGCCCGAGCGAAGGAGCAAACACGUGAAACAUGAACUGGCUGAAAUUGUGUUCAAGGUUGGAAAUGUCAUAGAUCCAAUAACAGGAAAACCCUGUGCAGGAACAAGAUUCCUGGAAAACCUGUCAGAUUCAGAAAAUCUGACAGAGGCAGAUACUACCUAUCUGAGUGAGAAACUUCAGGAACUUAAAGUUUGUUCAACAGAUAAAUAGUGAGCAAAACAGAGGGCUUCUAUCUCCCUGUCAGGGAUGAUUGAGGCCCUGCUGUGCUAUCUUAAAUGUUUCAGUGAAAUCUGUAGUCAAAACAAAUAGUAAAUGUAGUUGCUUGUGCAAAGAGAUGUCACAGAUUGAUAGGUACACAGGGCUGUAAAUGAAAAUACAGAGGAAAUG